GAGAGAGAAAAUAAAUUUUAGUCGUUUAUAUAAAACCCCCACCUCACCGAACGCAAAAACCCCGAAAUAAAUUAAAAAAUUUCCAAAUAUAGAGAGAAAAGUUGGAGAGAGAGAAAUAAUGGGAGAUUCUAGCGACUCUAUUUCUGUUCAUAUUGAAUCGAUCUCCAUUGAUAGCAAGGAAUAUUAUGUUAAAACGGGUUCGGGUCCGGUGUCGGUAGCUGUUUAUGGUGAUCAAGAUAAGCCAGCUCUUGUUACUUACCCAGAUUUAGCUCUAAAUUAUGCUUCGUGUUUUCAAGGAUUAUUCUUGUGUCCCGAGGCGUUAUCUUUGCUUGUUCACAACUUUUGCAUCUACCAUAUCAGCCCUCCUGGCCAUGAGUGGGGAGCUGCUCCAAUAAGCUAUGAAUACGAGGCCUCCACGCCUUCCGUGGAUGAUUUGGCUGACCAGAUAGUUGAGGUUCUUGACUACUUCGGGCUAGGCGAAGUUAUGUGUAUGGGAGUUACUGCUGGAGCAUACAUUUUAACCUUAUUUGCGACGAAAUAUAAGCAGCGUGUUCUUGGUUUGAUACUUAUCUCUCCUCUAUGCAGAGCACCGUCUUGGACUGAAUGGUUGUACAAUAAGGUGAUGUCAAAUCUGCUUUACUUCUAUGGCAUGUGCAGUGUUGUAAAAGAAAUGUUGCUUAAACGGUAUUUUAGCAAGGAACUUCGGGGUAAUUCUCUAGUACCAGAAUCAGAUAUAGUUCAGGCAUGUCGAAAAUUGCUGGAUGAUAGAGAAAGUACUAAUGUCAUGCAUUUUCUGGAGGCAAUUAACAGACGGACUGAUAUAAGCGAAGGACUGAAGAAACUACGAUGUCGUUCACUAAUAUGUGUUGGAGAGGACUCAUCUUUCCACUCAGAAGCAGUUCACAUGGCCACAAAACUAGAUAGAAGAUUUAGUGCUUUAGUGGAGGUUCAGGCAUGCGGGUCUUUGGUAACAGAGGAGCAACCACAAGCUAUGUUGAUCCCUCUAGAAUAUUUCCUAAUGGGCUAUGGAUUCUACAGACAAUCAUACAAGAGUUUGAGCCCGAGAAGCCCGUUAAGCCCAUCUUGCAUUUCUCCGGAACUGCUGUCACCCGAGAGCAUGGGCCUAAAGUUGAAGCCCAUCAAGACUCGUAUCUCACUGGAGGUAUAGUUCGAGGAUUAAUAGCAAGAUAAGUAAUUUGUAAUCGUUAUGAUUAUAUACACGCAGUAAUGCAUCGUGUUAGGCAAUUUUUUUUUUGGUUUGGUUAGAAAUGAGUAUGAGGUGGUAUAGGAGGGGGGCUGUAGAUAAAGAUAAGAGAGAAAGAGCACAAAUAUAAAAAUUAUAGAAGACAGGACAGGUAUUAAGAUUAGUUUGGAAAGGUUAAGAGAUUGAACAUUUGUUAAUUUUGUAAUCAUAGAUUUUAUUGGAGGGUUGAGUUGUGUAAAUUGUUGGAAUAAAAUAAUAUCAUUUAUAUCAAGGAAAGAAAUAAUAAGUGCAAUUCUUUGAGGAAGGAGUAAAUAUUUUCUCUUUUCCUGAUUCAAACCAA